AGUCAGCUUGAGAAGGAGAAUUGAACUCAAGGUGGAGUCCCCAUGGAGGUCUGGAACCUUGUCACCAACCUCUAACUGCAGAACUGGGAUGUGGAGCUGGAAGUGCCUCCUCCUCUGGGCUGUGCUGGUCACAGCCACACUCUGCACUGCCAGGCCGGCCCCAACUUUGCCCGAACAAGCUCAGCCCUGGGGAGCCCCUGUGGAAGUGGAGUCCUUCCUGGUCCACCCCGGUGACGCGCUGCAGCUUCGCUGCCGCCUGAGGGACGAUGUGCAGAGCAUCAACUGGCUGCGGGACGGGGUGCAGCUGGUGGAGAGCAACCGCACCCGAAUCACAGGGGAGGAGGUGGAGGUACGGGACUCCGUGCCUGCCGACUCGGGCCUGUACGCCUGUGUGACCAGCAGCCCCUCGGGCAGCGACACCACCUACUUCUCCGUCAAUGUCUCAGAUGCUCUCCCCUCCUCAGAGGAUGACGAUGAUGAUGAUGACUCCUCUUCAGAGGAGAAAGAGACAGACAACACCAAACCAAACCGUAGGCCCGUGGCCCCGUACUGGACUUCCCCAGAAAAGAUGGAAAAGAAAUUGCAUGCAGUGCCGGCCGCCAAGACUGUGAAGUUCAAAUGCCCUUCCAGUGGGACCCCUAACCCCACGCUGCGCUGGUUAAAAAAUGGCAAAGAAUUCAAACCUGACCACAGGAUUGGAGGCUACAAGGUUCGUUAUGCCACAUGGAGCAUCAUAAUGGAUUCUGUGGUGCCCUCGGACAAAGGCAACUACACCUGCAUUGUGGAGAACGAGUAUGGCAGCAUCAACCACACCUACCAGCUCGACGUUGUGGAGCGGUCCCCUCACCGGCCCAUCCUGCAGGCAGGGUUACCUGCCAACAAGACAGUGGCCCUGGGCAGCAAUGUGGAAUUCAUGUGUAAGGUGUAUAGUGACCCACAGCCCCACAUCCAGUGGCUGAAGCACAUCGAAGUGAAUGGGAGUAAGAUUGGUCCAGACAACCUGCCUUAUGUCCAGAUCCUAAAGACUGCCGGAGUUAAUACCACCGACAAAGAGAUGGAAGUGCUUCACUUAAGGAAUGUCUCCUUUGAGGACGCGGGGGAGUAUACGUGCUUGGCGGGUAACUCUAUCGGACUCUCCCAUCACUCUGCAUGGUUGACCGUUCUGGAAGCCCUGGAGGAGAGGCCGGCAGUGAUGACAUCACCCCUGUACCUGGAGAUCAUCAUCUACUGCACGGGGGCCUUCCUCAUCUCCUGCAUGGUGGGGUCUGUCAUCAUCUACAAGAUGAAGAGCAGCACCAAGAAGAGUGACUUCCACAGCCAGAUGGCCGUGCACAAGCUGGCCAAGAGCAUCCCUCUGCGCAGACAGGUAACAGUGUCAGCUGACUCCAGCGCUUCCAUGAACUCUGGGGUUCUACUGGUCCGGCCCUCGCGUCUCUCGUCCAGCGGAACCCCCAUGCUGGCCGGGGUCUCUGAAUAUGAGCUUCCCGAAGACCCACGCUGGGAGCUGCCUCGUGACAGACUGGUUCUAGGCAAACCCCUGGGAGAGGGCUGCUUCGGGCAGGUGGUGUUGGCUGAGGCCAUUGGACUGGACAAGGACAAACCCAACCGUGUGACCAAAGUGGCUGUGAAGAUGUUGAAGUCGGAUGCCACAGAGAAAGACCUGUCGGACCUGAUCUCCGAAAUGGAGAUGAUGAAGAUGAUUGGGAAGCACAAGAACAUCAUCAACCUGCUGGGGGCCUGCACGCAAGAUGGUCCCCUGUACGUCAUCGUGGAAUAUGCCUCCAAGGGCAACCUACGGGAAUAUCUGCAGGCCCGGAGGCCUCCUGGGCUGGAAUACUGUUACAACCCCAGCCACAACCCAGAGGAGCAGCUUUCCUCCAAGGACCUGGUGUCCUGUGCCUACCAGGUGGCCCGGGGCAUGGAGUAUCUUGCCUCCAAGAAGUGUAUACACCGAGACCUGGCCGCCAGGAACGUCCUCGUGACGGAGGACAAUGUGAUGAAGAUAGCUGACUUUGGCCUAGCCAGAGACAUUCACCACAUUGACUACUAUAAGAAGACCACCAACGGCCGGCUGCCGGUGAAGUGGAUGGCGCCCGAGGCAUUGUUUGACCGGAUCUACACCCACCAGAGUGAUGUGUGGUCUUUUGGGGUGCUCCUAUGGGAAAUCUUCACUCUGGGCGGCUCCCCGUAUCCCGGCGUGCCAGUGGAGGAGCUGUUCAAGCUGCUGAAGGAGGGUCAUCGCAUGGACAAGCCCAGUAACUGCACCAAUGAGCUGUACAUGAUGAUGCGUGACUGCUGGCACGCAGUACCCUCUCAGAGACCUACCUUCAAGCAGCUGGUGGAAGACCUGGAUCGAAUCGUGGCCUUGACUUCCAAUCAGGAGUACCUGGACCUGUCAAUGCCCCUGGACCAAUACUCUCCCAGCUUUCCCGACACCCGAAGCUCCACCUGCUCCUCAGGGGAGGACUCCGUCUUCUCUCAUGAGCCGCUGCCCGAGGAGCCCUGUCUGCCCCGACAUCCAGCCCAGCUUGCCAAUGGCGGACUCAAACGACGCUGACCACCACUCCACCUGUACUCCUCCCCAGACUCCGUCUUCAACCGUGUCCCCGUGCCCGCCCCACACCCUGCGGCACUCACUGCCUUUCCUUUCCCCUUCCCCUGCUGGCUUGAGCCAGCCAGAGGCCUUCCUGUGUGGCCUGCCUUCACCCCACUGAGCUCACCUCUCUUCUUCCUCUUCCUCUCAACCUGCUUGUGAGAGAGAGGAGCAGGGAGGCAGGUACUUGCUGGCUGGCAGCCACUUCAUUCCCUUCCAUGUGUUGGACCAAGACCCCUCCCUGCCAACGCGCACUGCCUGCCCUGCCAACGUGCACUGCCUGGAAGGGGUGGGGAGUGGGAGCCGGGCAGGCAUGCCAAGGGAGCUUACUGGGUUUUCUUGUGUUGGUUUUGUCGACAUUACCUUACCCCGCGAGCCCCUGGCGCUCUGGUGGCAGGUGCCUUGUCCUCAGGGCUACAGCGGUGGGGCGUGGGGUGGGGAGUGCGUGCUUUGGGCCUCAACGGAAGGUGACCUCUGCUCCAGAGAGAUGGUGCCAGUGGCUUAUUAAUUCUGAUACUAAUUUGCUUUGCUGACCAAAUACCUGGUACCAGAGGAUGGUGAGGCCAAGGCUGGGAGCAGUGUUGUGGCCCUGGGGCCCAGCCCCAUCCUGGGGACUUUGUACAUAGCUAUGAAGAAAACACAAAGUGUAUAAAUCUGAGUAUAUAUUUACAUGUCUUUUUAAAAAGGGUUGUUACCAGAGAUUUACCCAUUGGGUAAGAUGCUCCUGGUGGCUGGGAGGCAUCAGUUGCUAUAUAUUAAAAACAAAGAUACAAAGGAAAAAAAAAAAAAGGAAAAUGUUUUUUAAAAGGUCAUAUAUUUUUUGCUACUUUUGCUGUUUUAUUUUUUUAAAUUAUGUUCUAAACCUAUUUUCAGUUUAGGUCUCUCAAUAAAAAUUGCUGCUGCUUGAUUUUUA